UUCGUGGUUCUGCAAGGAUCUGUUGCAUUAACGUUCGAUUUCUCCUUCCACCCGGUAGCAUCUCCAUCGGAAACAGCUCAAAUCCGGAACAUUCGCAUUCGCCCGGCGGCCGAAGCCGCUCUCCCUUCCAGAGGACCAUCACGGCCAUCAUUCGCUCCGGCUCCGGCACCACAGUUGCAGCGUUCCACAGCCAUCUAGUUUGGCUUCUUUGGUUCUCGCUCUAGGUUAAGAUCAUGAUAGCCUCAGCCUAAUAUUUUGUUACCGCGAAUCGUUUGAAAAAGUUGGUAAAUCAGCACGACUAUUCCCAGUUGGAGCACCAGAACCAGAAAAGUUCCAGUAUGGUCGAAGGCGAUGCCUUGCCGCUUCCUCAAGGCAACCUUAGCUACACAGCAGAAAUCCAGAUGGUAGGAUCAGAAUGGUGGUUGGACAGUUUCGUUAAAUCUGAAGUAGAGGUACGCUCCGAAAUUGUCGAUCCGGCCGUCCGACGAAUAUGCCGUCUCUGCAGAAGUUCGAGGGACGUGUGGAAAAACUGUUUCACCAGCACGGGACAACUUACCAUAGACCAGGAAAGGCUAUCAAUCCUCCGGCGGCUAUGCUCGGUCGUCAUUACGUUCGAGGCAGACCGAGAUGCUGUGAUUUGCGAGUUUUGCUGUCAUGCACUGGACGAGAUUGUUGCCUUUCGCUCUAUCUGGUUACCACAUUCCACGGAGACCGAACAACAGCGGAUAAUACCAGCGGCGAUAAACAGAUUGAAACCGAUGGUUAGCAUUCCGACAGAUGCGAUAAAGCAAGAAUCAUCAGUGAAUACAGUAGCAACAGAGGUCAGCGAAUCAGUCUGCUCGCCUGCUGUCCUGCUUCAAAAGAGUACAAUUGCUGUGCAAACAGAUGCUCCAAUUAUCGAGCAAGUAGCGAACGAUAGAAACGAGGCCCCGACAGACAGCCCCGCGAUUGAAGAGCCUCUCGCCGAGAGCUGUGCCCAUCCGAAUCCAUGUGCAGCUGAAGAUACUGCCGGCAGCCAAAUCUUCCCUGGCAUGGCAGACAUAAACAACGAACCAGCGGAUACCUCCGUUCAACCUGAAGCUCCUCCUGUUCCUGCCACGGAAGAACGAGGCAAUUUGCAAAAUGAUGCCCAACAAGUCCCCAUCUGUUCAGCAGAUGAUGAUGGUAUGUCUCCAAUCGAUCUAACAUCAAACGAUGAUACUCCAAUCAUCGAUCUUACGUGUUGUGAUAUGACCUCUGGGGAUGAUAAUUCAGCAGUAGACGAAGAAAAAGAUAGACUCAUUCGCAAAACGUUGCUCUUAGUACAGAGCAAAUUUAAGGUAAACCGAUUGAAAAAGCCGAAAAAACGUAGAAGAGAGAAUCUACGUAAUAAGACAUGCUAAACUUAGGUUAAGACGAUGAUAACGUAAUGAACAAAAUGUAAAAUUGAAUUUGACUGCUACCUUUCCGAGGAUUAAGUUGUUGCGAAGUAAUUGGACUCUCGAAAUUGGUUGUUACGAAGUAAUUGGAAUUAAAAAAUAACCAACAAAA